UUACCAACGAAAAAAAUAGCAGAGAAUAAUUUAUUUGGCUUCCUCCGGUCAGCAGCAAGCUCGGCGAGGACCGUACCCUUUCGCCGCCCGCCGUUCGCCGUGCUUUUUAACGGUCGUUUCCCUCUAGUAUAUUCUUCUCUUUUCUCAAGAUUGUUCCGUCGUGGUUGUUUCCCGGACUUGGGUUUCCGUUUCUUCCGGAAUCUUCAGAACCGAUUCCUUCCAUGGAUCUCGCAAUUCCUUCUCCUCCGUUUCUGUUCAAACCUCAGAACCUGCUACGACCUUCACUCCUCCAUAGCUUGAACUUCGAAUCUAGAGUCUUCGCCAAGAAACCGUUAAUUUCGCGCCAAAACAGUCGGAUCAGAGCGCAGUUCUUGGAUCAGAAGGUUGACGAAGGCUUUGUCCUCGAAGACGUUCCUCACCUGACUAAUUUCCUUCCCGAUUUGCCGUCAUACCCAAACCCUCUACAAAAGAGCCAAGCAUAUGCCAUUGUCAAGAAAACAUUUGUCAGUCCAGAAGAUGUGGUUGCCAAAACUAUUGUUGUUCAAAAGGAUAGUCCCAGAGGAGUACAUUUUCAUCGAGCAGGGCCUCGAGAAAAGGUCUAUUUCAAGUCAGAUGAGGUGCGUGCUUGUAUAGUAACAUGUGGAGGCUUGUGCCCAGGGAUCAACACAGUCAUUCGGGAGAUUGUAUGUGGCUUGAACUAUAUGUAUGGUGUCAGUGAUAUACUUGGUAUUGAGGGAGGAUAUAGAGGCUUUUACUCAAAAAAUACGUUGACGUUGACACCUAAAGUUGUGAAUGAUAUUCAUAAACGUGGUGGCACCUUUCUUCGCACUUCACGAGGAGGUCAUGAUACCCAGAAGAUAGUUGAUAACAUCCAGGACAGGGGAAUCAAUCAGGUGUAUAUUAUUGGAGGAGAUGGUACCCAAAGAGGAGCAGCUCUGAUUUACAAGGAAGUUGAGAAACGUGGUCUUCCAGUAGCAGUUGCUGGAGUCCCCAAGACUAUUGAUAAUGAUAUUGCAGUGAUAGACAAAUCCUUUGGUUUUGAUACUGCUGUUGAAGAAGCUCAGAGGGCCAUCAAUGCUGCACAUGUGGAGGUAGAAAGUGUGGAAAAUGGAAUUGGUAUUGUGAAACUCAUGGGCAGAUACAGUGGUUUCAUCGCUAUGUUUGCAACCUUGGCAAGUCGAGAUGUGGAUUGUUGCUUGAUUCCAGAGUCUCCAUUCUAUUUGGAAGGAAGAGAUGGACUCUUUGAGUUUAUUGAGCUACGGUUAAAAGAGAAUGGGCAUGUAGUUAUUGUUGUUGCAGAAGGGGCUGGGCAGGAAUAUGUUGCUCAAAGCAUGCUUGCAUCUGAGCGAAAAGAUGAAUCAGGAAACAGGUUGCUCCUUGAUAUUGGUCCUUGGUUAUCUCAAAAGAUUAAGGAUCAUUUUACGGAGGACAAUAAGAUGCCGAUAAAUUUGAAAUACAUUGAUCCAACAUAUAUGAUACGAGCCAUUCCAAGUAAUGCAUCAGACAACAUUUACUGCACUCUUCUGGCCCAAAGUGCUGUUCAUGGGGCCAUGGCUGGGUACACUGGCUUCACUGUUGGACCUGUGAAUAGCAGACAUGCUUAUAUUCCAAUAGCUCGGGUGACUGAGAGAACAAACACUGUGAAGUUGACUGAUAGGAUGUGGGCAAGACUUCUUGCAUCUACAAAUCAGCCUAGUUUCUUCAGUAGUGAUGAGUCAGUUCAAGAAGUUACUGGAGAAACGUUUGAUAUGAUCAACAACAAGAGCACAUUCACUUAGAUUUCAUGGAUGGGAGCUAAAAUUAAGGCAGGUCAGUGAGGCAUCUAUUGCUUCUAGUUAUUGUUGUGAAAGCCUUUGAGCUUGAUAUUCUGAAGAGCCAUAAUUUAUCCUAAACAGCCUUUCUUAUGUAGUCAACAUACGAUCCACCAUAUAGCUUGUGCUAAUGGUAACUAUUUUAUUUGUUUACCGUUUGAUUUGCAUAUUUUAAGAAUUUGUUGUCUAGUGAGACAUUCUUAAUAAUGUAUGUAAUUGACGUCUAACAGCACUUUUUUGUCAAUUUAUAGGAGAGUGAAUGUAGAUAUUUCAGAUGAAUUGAUUCAAAUAAUUCGAUUCUGUUUAUUCAGAAAAUAAUAAUAAUAAUAAUUCAAUUCUGUUUAAAAUUGUUCAACUUAUCUUUUCAAAUCAAGCAUUCUGUUUCCA